UUUUCAGCGAAAGCAUAGCAAUCGUGUACGGGUGUAACAAUGCGCGCCAUCUUCGCUCUUCUGGUCUUGGCGAUCUUUGCCUUCUUUGGAUCUGCACUGAGCCAAACAGUCCAGGCACAGGGAAGUCAGACGUGCCGUAAGGAAGAGUCGUACCAACGAUGUGGUUCCGGCUGCGAGCGCACCUGUCUUAACCAGAAAAAAUGGAACGAUCCUUGCGAAAAGCCUUGCAUUGAUGGUUGCUUCUGCAACGAAGGAUUCCUGCGCGAUGCCGCCGGUGACUGUAUCCGCUCCUGGCUCUGCCCCAAGGAAUAAGACAUCACUCCGCUGAGCGCAUAUCGAAUCGGAUUUUGGCGUUUCUACUGAUUGAAAGCAAGCUGGUAGCUUUAUCAUUCUCUGGACGGCAAAAUAUAACCGAAUCAAACCCGAAAACCUGUCUCAUCCUUCCAUACCAUCUGGUUGCCACGAUUUCACUGUCUAGAGAAUGGAAAUAAUACCGGUGCCACAAUUCGUGUCAGU